AUGAUCAUAUUGUUUGCUCUACUUGCUGUACUAAACUUAGGAACAAGUGUCACGAGUGCUCAUUGCGCAUUAGCUCAAAACGUUGUAAAGUCAUUGAGAAUCUAUUGCUAUCUAUCAAAAUUUCAUAUCCAAAUGCAAAACAUGGUUGCAAGGCGAAAAUAAGUUACACUGAUAGGAAGCAUGAAGAAAAAUGCAUCUACGUACCAUGUGACUGCCCCCUUUCAGGAUGUGACUUUGCUGCAUCGUCAGAAUUGUUGUCCAACCACUUCAGCCAUAAACAUGGUGAUUCUCAAAUCAAAUUUUCUUAUGGUCAGUCCUUCACUGUCUCCAUGAAGUCUAAUGAUGAAACCAUUGUUCUUCAAGAGGAAAAUGAUGGUAAACUAUUUAUUCUCAAUAAUAGAAGUAUGCUUUUGGGAAAUGCAGUCAAUCUUUGCUGCAUUGGUCCUAACUCUUCUGAGUCCGACUAUAGUUAUGAUAUAUUGGCUAGGUCUCAGAUAUCCAAACUGAAAUUACAGUCUUUCGUGAAGAACGUCCAACAGGUUCCUUUAGCAACUCUUUCAUCAGAGUUGCUUGUGAUUCCAUUUGGUUCUUCUGAACCUCUCAAGCUAGAUAUUUGCAUAACCCCCAGGAUGCAAAUCUACAUAAGGACCCAGACUGGAAAGACAUACCCCCUGAGGGUGGAGAGUUCAGACACGAUAAUGAAUGUGAAGAAGAAGAUUCUUGACAAGGAAGAUAUUGCAGUGCACCAGCAACGUCUGAUCUUUGACGGUAAGCAACUAGAGGACAACCGGACCCUUGCCGAUUACAACAUCCAAGAGAAGUCAACCAUUCAUCUCUGCCUCCGCCUCAUUGGGAACUAGAUCACCACCUCACCAUCGCUAAUACUACUUCCAAGCGCAAGCAUCUGUCCGCCUCAUUAUCCACCGCCGUCGGCGGCCCUUAUCAACAAGACGAUCACCAGUAGAGAACUCAUGCAUUAUUGAUAACAUAAGAGUCUUUGACUUUUGCUUUUCUUAUUAAGAAAUUGACUGUCGUUCUUUUUGUCUUGUCUUGAGCUGUAUAAUUAUAUUUUUAC